UCGUGGCCCUGGGAGGCAGAUGACUGUGCUGUCGUAACCCCGACUCCCUUCUUCCAGAGCUCCUGGUCUGAGGCCCACCUGGGCAGGAAAGCCUUUGUGGAGAGCCUUUUUUUAUUUUUAACAGAGGUCCUGGAGACAUCAGGGUAUUGCUAGUUAUGCUCCCUCUUCUCCGCUCAAGUCUCCUUUUCGUGGUUAUUUCUCACAACACGCAAUGUCUCCUGGGUUCUGACUUCACUGGACUAUUGUUUGGGAACGUAGCAUGGAAGUUCUGCGCCCGCAGCUUAUAAGAAUUGGAGGGCGGAUUUAUAGGAAGAAUCCCAUUCAAGAGCAGACUUACCCACAUGAAGAAGAGGAGGAGGACUUCUAUCAAGGCUUCGUGGAGUGUGCAGAAGAGCCCUGUGAUGGCUACGAGGUGGUACAGACCCAGCAAGGCUUCCAGUGUACCGUGAAGGCCCCCAGCCUGCUCUACAAACAUAUAGUUGGAAAGAGAGGGGACACUAAGAAGAAACUAGAGGUGGAGACCAAAACUUCUAUUAGUAUUCCUAAGCCUGGACAAGAAGGAGAAAUUGUAAUCACUGGCCAGCAUCGAAGCGGUGUAAUUUCAGCCCGGACUCGGAUUGAUGUUCUUUUGCUCACUUUUAGAAGAAAGCAGCCCUUCACUCACUUUCUUUCCUUUUUCCUCAAUGAAGCUGAGGUUCAGGAACGAUUCCUGAAGUUCCAGGAGGAAGUACUAGAGAAGUGCUCCAUGGAUCAUGGAGUUGAUAGCACCAUUUUCCAGAAUCCCAAAAAACUUCACCUAACUAUUGGGAUGUUGGUACUUUUAAGUGAGCAAGAGAUCCAGCAGACAUGUGAGAUGCUAAAGCAGUGUAAAGAGGAAUUCAUUGACGACAUUUCUGGGGGCAAACCCCUAGAAGUAGAGAUGGAAGGGAUAGAAUACAUGAACGAUGAUCCUGGCAUGGUGGAUGUUCUUUAUGCCAAAGUUCAUAUGAAAGAUGGCUCCAACAGGCUGCAGGAAUUAGUUGAUCGAGUCCUAGAACGUUUUCAGGCAUCUGGACUAAUAAUGAAAGAGUGGACUAGUGUGAAACUCCAUGCUACCGUCAUGAAUACUCUGUUAAGGAAAGAUCCCAAUGCUGAAGGCAGGUACAAUAUCCACACAGCAGAUGGCAAAUAUAUCUUCAAAGAAAGAGAAUCAUUUGAUGGCAGAAACAUCUUAAAGCUGUUUGAGAACUACUACUUUGGUACCUUAAAGCUUAAUUCAAUCCACAUCUCUCAGCGGUUCUCAGUAGACAGCUUUGGAAACUACGCUUCCUGUGGACAAAUUGACUUCUCCUGAGGGCAGCAGCAAGAGGAACAAUGAUGCUAUCAGCAGGACUGUGCAGUUUCCUGGGAAAAUGUCAGCUGCAGAAGGUCCCGGCAGUCCUUGCCUGCAGACCAGCAGAGGGAGGGAGCUCAGCACAGCUUUGCCCCACCCUUUGUCCUGCCACUGCUCUGGUGCCAGGGAGCUCCAGCCUGGCUCUCACCUUCCAUCUCUUCCUCCUCCUCCCCCUCCUCCUCACAUUCUUUCUCCUAACAUGUCCUCUCUGCUUCAUUCCUUGUUCUUCCCUUGCUUCUUACUUUCUGUUUCAGAAGUUUGGUUCUGGGCCCUGUGUGAGGCCACUACAUGGUGGUAGUUCUGUAUAACAGAUUUGCUUAUCACUGUGACUGCACAGGUCAUUUCUGAAUAAAUGAAUUUCCAAAGUAA